AUGCUCGCUUGGUGGGAGAAGGCCAUUCGUUGGUGGUCGCGGUUGUACGGAUGGGUGUACCUCCCCCUCAUGGCUCUCAUGCUGGGUACCAGGUUCCCCGGCGGCACCGAUCCUGCGGGGACGUUUUGCUACAACGGAAUUGUUCCAACCGGUGCUUCAGAAUUGACCACAUCCAAUAACGCUCAAUCCUUCGGGAUCAACAACGUUUUGUUGGUCGUUCAGUUCAUUCUGCUGCUUGGGCUGUUCGUUCAGCCUAUGCUAGUCCGCGUCGAAGGUGCUCAGUCAGGGGGUGCCGUUUACAGGAGGGUGGUCUUGCGCAACGUCUUCUGCACAGCUGGAAUCGUCAUCUCCUACGCGAUCACCACGCUGGUUGUUGUGAUUGCCUUAUUGCGCGAAUCUGUUGAAAGCAACAAGUCUGCUCAGAUCAGGGACGUGGCGUUAGCGGCUAAUAGUCUUGGGACGCUCUGCCUCACGGAGAUCACGCUGCCACUCGGAUUCCGGAGCUGCAUGAAGGCAUGUUCUACGGGGACUGCGAUGGCGAAUUCCACAAAGACCCAAGCCGUAGGACAGACCACUGCCAACCCGGGUACUGCAGCCGCUGGCGCUACCAUCAUCUCCACCACCACCACCAUCAAAAUAAUCCCCUUAGAGGAGCUACCACCGCAAGCACCAUAGAAUAUCACCACCAAACAAAUUUCCAGAAUCAGGCGACCACCGCAGCACAUUGUGUACUGUCAUUGGGCGCCAUGUUUGAUUCUGCAGCUCUCAGAAUGCGCGACCUAGAAGGUUGAACGAAGUUGUUCGGUCUGAACUUUGCAUGGCCAGUGAUGCACAAAUCGGGGAUAAGUCAAGGGUGGCCCCGAGUGUCGUCGGUCAUGUUAGUUACCCCCUCCACGUCCUACCGUGGAAGAUUUGGUUCGAGGAGAAAAGCGAAGAAAAUUUCUUGUGCGAAAUACGUUGGGUUAGCUAUGAUGCCUCUUUUCUCCCGAGGGGCAAAGGUGUUGCUGGUGCGCGCGGGCCACACCACGGAUGAGCCGUUCUCUCGAGAGAAGGGCCCGAACAGAGUCUGGGCGUACAGAGCAUGGCUCAGGAGCAGGGCGGAGAGAAAGAGAGAGCGAGAGAGCA